AUGUCACGUAUAACACGUAUAUCUAUACUUUUACAGCCUGGAUGUAAUCGAAUAUGUCAGCAGCAGAGCUUCAAAGUCACCAAAAUCAACCAAUCGUCAUCAGCAUCAACCAGAUGUAAUUCAACAGUAACAACAACGACACCAGCAUCAUCUUUAUUAUCAGCCGUAGUAGAUGAAGCCACCAAAACCACUCUCAAGGACGCAUCUCCUCGGUCGAAACUGGCAACAUCUACAGGAAACUUUCACGUAUCGCAUCGCAAAUUAAACCAGCUAUCUCGUCUAAUAGCUCGAAUGAGGCUGCCCGAAGCCAUAAACCAAAUGCAAUUUUCCCCUAAAAGACCAGCUGUACGGGUACUAAAUCGAUUACUAUGGGCUCGUAAGAAACUCGAGACUGAAAAACACAAGCCUAGUGAAUGGAUUGUGGAUGAAGCUUGGGUGGGGAAGGGUUAUGGAAGGCUGAAGAGACCUAUAUUUCAUGCACGUGGUCGUAGAGGAAUGAUGAUUCGACCACGGGCGCAUAUGAAGAUACGGUUUAGGAAGUUGACGGCUACUGAAUUGAGACCUACUGUAGAAUCGCUGUUGAAGAACCGCAUCAAGAAGGAAACUCGGUUGUGGAUGGCUAUGGAAGAUACAAAGCCUAUACAGGUGCUGGAUCCUAUAUGGUCUGCCAAACCUUGGAAGUAUGUCACGUCGGAAAAGUGGAUUGGCCCAAAUGUAUGGGUCAAGAAGGAAUAG